CGGAAAACUCAUGGCAUAUUUUUCUAUCUUGUGCGGAUAGUAUAGCUUGCUGGAGAAAGAUAGGUAUGUGGGAAGACUUGGACACUGUCAUGGAUAGGGCUGAAAAUUUCGUGGAAUUUUUCUUAACUGUGAUCAGUGAGUUAUCUGAUAACAAGUUGAAAUUGUUUGGGAUGACUAUGUGGAGCAUUUGGCGGAAAAGGAAUGUUUUAUAUUGGGAUGGUAUACAAGAAACGAUUACUCAGGUGAUAUCUCGAGGGGCUGAAGUGCUACAUUCAUGGGAAGCUGGCCAAGGUUCGAAAGGAAAUAAACGAGUGGGAUUUGGCUGCUGCGUUAGGGAUCAUAUGGGGAGAUUUUCCAGGGCCCGAACUUCAUGGAUGCGAGCGGAAAUGAGUCCAGCUGAGGCAGAAGCUUGGAGCUUGAGGGAAGCUCUUAAAUGGAUGCAGGAGACUGAGUAUACAAGAGUUAUUUUCGAGUCUGAUUGCAAGCAGUUGGUGGAUGAUAUUUACAACGCACACAAGGAUCGAUCUGAAUAUGGAUCUCUAGUACAUGAUUGUAGGAAUAUUGUUGGGUCUAAUAACGAUUUCUGUGUCGUUUUUGCUAGGCGACAAGCUAAUAGUAGUGCUCAUGCUCUUGCUAGAGCAUCUACUAGUUAUGCUUCUUGCACAAUUUUUUUAUCUGUUCCUUAUUGUAUUGAGAACAUUGUGAUUGAUGAAAUGAAUUAAGCCUUUUGCGUCAAAAAAAAAAAGGCCAAUCACAAUUAGUUAGCUAUAUGCCUAUAUUAUGAGAACAGGUCUCAGCAAGUUAAUGGGCCGCUACCGGCCAAUUCUGAGCAUGCGCCCACGAGUCAACCUAGCACAAGUUAAUCACAUGAAUGAGCAGUAUAUAUAUGUUUUUAUUGGACUAUAAUUUUC